UUUCAACCGCUUUCCAAGAAGAGCGUAACAUUUGCAUCUGCUGUUGCAUCAGCAGACCGACAUGUCGCCUCACGAAUCGAUUGGUAUCUUCUUCUUCAGACUCGUAACCGGCGAAACGGUCCCUCGGAGCCCUGCGUCCGGGCGUCGAACAAUGAACCUCCACUCGACCCGGCCAUCGUGCAAACCACGAACAGCACGACUCCUCCGGCUGCCCAUUCCCCAUCGUCCGCCUCCAUUCGACUCCUCGGUCCGCGCGACUUGUCCGAGUCCACCGCCGUCGCGGAAACACCCGCCUGCCGCGCCUCCCUCCCGGCCUCGGAGAGGAGUCGGUUGAGCCGAUCCGGCCACGGCUCGACCGGCUCAGGCGGGACUCGCGCUGACCGCCGCCUCUCGAGCGUCGAGCCCGACCGGACGAGGCUGCAGGACAACUUGCACCUUCCGGCGUCGGUGGGCAUAGACACUGGCACUUUUGACCGGCAAAAAGGGAGCAAAAGCACCAACUUGCCGAUUCUCGGUGAGCCAGUUUUGCAUUUUUAUCCCCAUUCUUCUCCACUUUUUCGCCAUUUCUGCGACCUUUCUCUCUCACCUUUCCCUGGUCUCUCUUUUCUCUCUCUUACCAAGUCGCCAGAAAGACUCCUUCAAAGAGCAUGUCUGCGGAAGUGGCAUCCGCCUGUUUGGCGGCACUGA